CUCAUUAAUUAAACGAGAAAAUAAUAAAAGAAAUAAUAAAAGACCCUCAAAUUCUCCGCCCAUUUUCGUUUUCUUUUCUCGUAUAAAUUUCACUCUUCCUUCUCUACUCCUUCUCUUUUUUCAUUUCCUUUUAUUUGAAAUUAAAUUUCAAUUUUUCUUAUUUUCUCGGGUGCAAAUCCAAUGGCUGCGAUCUUCCAAGGAGCUGGAGCCGCUGCAGCUUUAUUAUCAUCACCGUCCAAUUCCAUCGAUUCCAAGAAAUUCCUUUUCUCUCCUCGUAGAUCCUUCUACGUAAGGAAAGGGGCGAGCUUUGGAGUGGUCAGAUCCGAUGGAAGCGUGAACUUGGAUUUGAACCCUAAAGGUCGAAGGGCUCAACAAUUGAUUGCCAAUGCAGUUGCAACCAAAGCUGAUAGCUCUACAGCUUCUUCAUCUUCGAAAUCCGGUCACGAGCUUUUACUGUUUGAAGCUCUGGGAGAGGGCUUGGAAGAAGAAAUGGAGAGGGAUCCUCGUGUAUGUGUCAUGGGCGAAGAUGUGGGUCACUAUGGAGGCUCAUACAAAGUGACCAAAGGACUGGCUACAAAGUUUGGGGACCUUAGGGUUCUUGACACCCCUAUUGCUGAGAACUCAUUUACUGGCAUGGGAAUAGGAGCUGCUAUGACUGGUCUAAGACCAGUUGUUGAGGGUAUGAACAUGGGAUUUCUACUUCUUGCUUUUAAUCAGAUCUCCAACAACUGUGGUAUGCUUCAUUAUACAUCUGGUGGCCAGUUUACCAUACCGAUAGUAAUUCGUGGACCUGGUGGCGUUGGGCGUCAACUGGGGGCUGAGCACUCUCAACGUCUUGAGUCAUAUUUCCAGUCAAUCCCUGGAAUCCAAAUGGUUGCAUGCUCAACCCCUUACAAUGCCAAAGGCCUAAUGAAGGCUGCAAUUAGAAGUGAGAACCCUGUUAUACUUUUUGAGCAUGUUUUGCUUUACAACCUCAAGGAGAGAAUCCCAGAUGAGGAUUAUAUCUGUAAUCUUGAGGAAGCUGAGUUGGUAAGGCCUGGAGAAGAUAUCACUAUUCUCACAUAUUCAAGGAUGAGGUAUCAUGUGAUGCAGGCAGCAAAAACUUUGGUGAACAAAGGUUAUGAUCCCGAAGUAAUUGAUAUAAGGUCUUUGAAACCAUUUGAUCUUUACACUAUUGGUAAUUCAGUUAAGAAGACACAUCGUGUUCUUAUUGUGGAGGAGUGCAUGCGGACUGGUGGUAUUGGUGCUAGCUUGACGGCAGCCAUUACUGAGAAUUUCCAUGAUUAUUUGGAUGCUCCAGUUAUGUGCCUAUCUUCACAGGAUGUGCCUACACCUUAUGCUGGAACGUUGGAGGAAUGGACUGUCGUUCAGCCUGCCCAGAUUGUGACAGCUGUCGAGCAGCUCUGCCAGUAGUUGCUAUAGGAGAAAUGGUGAUGGCAUAGUUAGUCUCGUCAUAUUUAUUUUGAAACUAGUUCUCUUGCAACUUUGUUUUUGAUAUCUAAUUUCCAUUUGUUAGCAA